AUGUCGUACAGGCAGUCCUCGAAGCAGGUGGAGCGCCACAAGCACGUGGGCGAGCUGGACAACCUUCAUCGCUUUGAGAGCGAGGCCAUCGUGACGACCGUCAACGAGAUCGCCGAGGGGGGGCUGAGGCCGCGGACGCAGCUGCUGGACGCCGCGGACUGCCACACGCUGGUGCGGGCCACGCUGACGCUGGGCGGGGUGGGCGGCGGCGGGGAGGAUGGGGCGGGGACCGUGCUGGCCUCGGCGAUGAUGAAGGUGCCCGUGGGCGUGCCGAGCGGGGCGGACGCGGCGACCUCCGCGGCGCUGCUGUCGAAGAUGCUCGGCCCCAACAGCGGCCUCUUCGCGGGGCACGAAGACGCGCGGACGGCGAUGCUCCGGCACCUCCGCGGCCUGUUUAGGGGAGAGCGCAAGAGGACCGGAGGAAGCUGCGAGCAAGAGUAUGAUGAGAGCGUUCGCAACCUGCUGUAUCGGAGAUCAUGCCAAUACACGCAGGGCGAGCGCUCUGGAGGCCACGUCGAAGAGGCCGCCGACCUCGUCGAGAGGGUGAAGAACUUCGCGAAGCGGUAUCCUGGUAGUAGGACAGCUCAUGCUUGCAGAGCUGAGGGGGGAUGCACCCCCGACGCUAUCGCUGAAGCCAUCCGCUCAACAUGUCGGCAGGCGAGACGCGACCUGUUUGAAGACUCUCUGAGGGAAUGGAGCUCAGAGUCGAGAGCAUGGUUUAUACAACAGAUGGAGGAGGCCAAGAAGCAGAAUGUCGAGACAUACAUCGGCACAGAAGGCACCGAGGGGACCUCCUUCAUCUCCAUGACUCUCCUGGGCAUCUCCUCGAUGUAUGUUCGACAAGAAGACAAGUUGAAAUCGAAGCUUAUGGAGCUAGACGACAUCUCAGUCACCGUCUCCUUCCUUCGGAAUGAAGCAGCCAUGGAGCUAUGGGAAGGCAGGAGAGAAUACUGCAUAGACGGCAGAUCGUUCAGAGCCACAGAGGUGAGCAUUGCACAUGACCGGUCCUUCAAGCUUCGAGCCAAGCGAGGACCUUGGGGCAAGGGAGGGAGCCUUGCCGAGCUAUCACAGCUCUUAGCUCUUGGAGGAAUGUCGACGGCCGACAUAGCUCAGAUCUAUCGAUUUCAGCUGCUCUCGCAAUCUCUUGCAGCCGCAGAGGUACAACCACUUGCGGGCAUGCUCGUGCAGGGUCCUGGGGGCAAGUACUGGCACUCUCCAGCAAAAAGAGCUGGAGUGGGUGCUCAGCUCGCCUUCGACGGCAAGUUGCGAGCAGACCUUGGCCUCGUUCAGAGAGAGCGAGGCGAUGGAGGGGUCGAGCUCACAGCCGACACCUUCGUUCCUAGUGGCUAA